AUGCGACUGCUGAACACUGCGACGCUUCAACUCGACGACUUCGGCGGCAAGAUUCCCCCGUACGCGAUCCUCUCACAUACAUGGGGCGAGGAAGAGGUGCUCUUCGCGGAUAUCAGCAACCCAGCCGUCCCGAAGGCAGGGUGGGCUAAAGUCCGGGGCUCCUGUGACUUGGCACGGAGUUUGGGGUAUACUUGGAUUUGGAUCGAUACGUGCUGUAUCGAUAAGUCUAGUAGCGCUGAGCUAUCCGAGGCGAUAAACUCCAUGUUCAAGUUCUACCAAAAUGCCGUUGUCUGUAUCGCCUAUCUCUCGGACGUUCCUUACCCGGAUUCAAAAGCCGAUAUACCAAGAUACCUGUCCGAAAGUCGCUGGUUCACGCGUGGAUGGACUUUACAGGAGCUUUUGGCUCCUAGGCUUCUUGACUUCUAUUCAUCCGAUUGGAAAAUCCUGGGCUCUCGUUCAGAAUUUCGGGACGCAAUUGCCGAAGUGACCGGCAUAGAAGACACUUUUGUUGAUGGAGGAGGAAGCGAUUCCACGCGCCUGGAUAAUGCGAGCGUGGCUGAGCGAAUGUCCUGGGCUUCCAGGAGACGAACUACUCGUGUCGAGGACGUUGCGUACUGCGGCUUCAAUAAGGUCGCGUGCGGCGCCUUUACACUGGGAAGGUGUGACGUCAGCACUGAAUGCCCGUUGUCGCACACGGUCCGCGAUGAUGUCAUUGUCGCCCCCAAGAUCGCUAUCAGUACUACUAGGAAGAAGAUCAUAAUUCGCGAGUUUCCCUUGGCUAGGAUCACCUUCGGCCAGGGUGCGGUCGUGGAGAAAAUGGUUUUGCCAUCAGAUCAGCACUGGACUGAUGCCUUCCCAUCCACCCAGGGAUCGAAGUCAAUCACUGUCGACAUUAUGAAAGCCUAUGAGCUCAAGCCAGACAUCGACUCCGCUACCGAUCUCAUGGAAAAGAUUCAUCAAGUCAACUAUCCCGCAAUCAGAGGUAUUCUAUUGAGAGACUUUGACGUCUUAGUCUGCCCUGGCACAGGCUGUAUGGCAAAUGAUAACCUUCGCCGCCAGCUCAAUCAUACGCCCGACUUACCAGGUUAUCACGACACCAGCAAGAUCUACUCUGCGACCUACAGAGUGAGCGCUAGAGUGUUCUCUGUUGUUUGGGAGACAGUGAAGGCCGUUCAAAGUGCCUUUUCCCACGAGGGUCGACGCGUUGACUUUGCGUACUAUCCAUCGACAAACCACUUCAUCAUUCUCACUUUGCGCAGUCUUGACAGCCCCGCUUAUUCUUCUGUCAAACGAUUCCUUGAUGGGGUCUUGAAAGGCGUGAUCUUGAAGUCGCCAAUUGGCCAGGCCGUCUGGAAUCCGUUCCUAGGGAACACGGCUGCUGCCCCCCAGCUCAUGAGUCCCCUAGAGCAGAAGUACGGAGUCGUCUUUCAGUGUGUCCCAUCGCAAAAGACAGUGCGAAUGUACGGAAGCCCUGAAAAGGUUAAGGGCGCUCAGAAGGCAUGGAAAGAUGUGGGAAUGCCGCUGAAUCAUCCAUCAGUCAAGUCGAUUAAACUUGAUGAUCAGAGUCUGACCUGGAUUCUGACUGGUGGGUUUGAGGCAAUCUCAGAUGCCAUCGGGUCUGAAUCGGUCAUGUUCAACACGCUCUCGACACCAAAGACUGUCGAAAUUCUUGGACCGUCACGUCUUUGUAAAACGGCCGAAACCAUGUUGUCACAGCGAAAGCGUGUGCCCCAGAGCACGAAAGACAGGGCUGGUCGCUGUUCGAUUUGCCUGAGAAAAGCACAAGAUCCCAUCUCGGCGAACUCUGGGCAUGUCUAUUGCCUCGCAUGCUUCGAGAGCUAUUGCCUAUCGAACUUUGGUCACACGAAUGGUGGUAUCCUCACCUGUCCGGCUGAAGGGGGUUCCUGUGGCGCGUUGUUCCAGCUUGAGCAACUGCAACAGCUGUUGUCCUCAUUCACUUUCGAAAGAGUUCUCAUUUCUUCCUUCCAUACUUUCAGGUGGCAUCACGGCGAAGAGUUGACCUACUGCUCCUCGAAUUAUUGCAGGCAACUGCGCCGGGAGGUUCAGUCAGAUCUGUCGAAAUUUCCCUGUCAAGUCUGUGACAAGAACGCCUCGCCCUAUGUCGUAUCGAGCGAUGAAAUUGAUUUGGAAUAUGUUCCUAAUGUUCCCCACCGCGUCGACAAUCUGGGAAGAAAUAGUCGCUUGAACGCUAAAACGGUCCCUUCUGCACUCCUAGCGACUUCGAUCAACAGCAAGAUCGACGCGGAAUGUGCUCCUGAUGCUUCGUUGCGCGUGGAGAACUUCGGAAAUAAGUCUCGACUCAAUCCUCAGUCAAAGCCGUUUGUUCUCGUCACUACAAAGGCGGAAGUCGCCAGUAAGAAGCCAAAGUCGCAAAACCCCAUGAUGAGCAUAAUGGGAAGAACUCCCAAAUCCAAUCCGAAGGUGAAUGCAACCGAGAUCGAGAUUACACGAGAAGUCCCCGGGGCUUGGGUGACAUUUGGGCCGGGAGCAGCAGUGAUGAAAGUUGUUAUCCAGCAAGAACUACUUGCAGUGAAGAUCAGACGUCUCCCGCCGAAGAGCACACCGGAGUUCGUGUCCGAACUUCUCAGCCGUUUCGACAUUCACAUACCGGCAAAUCGCAUUCAGACAGCCCCCGACGACGCUCAUAGAUACACACAUGAGAUGUCAAGUUGUGCAGUCGUGCGCACGGACAACCCAGAGCUGCCUGAAAUAAUCCAUGGCAAACUUCACGCGGACGAUCGGCCCGAUAUGAAAGAUAUUGAUCUCUCGAAGUUGAUCGUGUUUGCCUGGAAUCUUCGAGGACCAAGGGAGCCCCGCGGCUUUUCGCAUCAUAUCAGCAGCCGAACGGUUAUUGUCAAUUGGCCAAGGCCUAUGCGAAACGUUCAACUCAGGUUCCGCACGAGAUCCCCUGCCAUCGACUGUGCCAAGCGGUUCAAUGAAGGCAACUACAAAGUCUUGGGAGAAAAAGUAUCUAUGGGAUCCCCCCACUUCGGCAUUCCUCUUGUCCCGCCGAUGACACUACACCGAAUGCCGGACAUGUACAUUGUUCGACUCUUGGUGCCAGUGGAGGCUUCUGCUCAAGACGUCCUGAAAAGCAUGCCUCACGACAAGUUGCCAGACGACCUUGAAAUGGAAGACACGAAGAUUGAUUUGACAGACGACCCAUCCGCAAGGGGAUGGCUUGAAUCAAGCUUGAAGAGAUUUGGAACCCUGGAAACGGAGCUUACCUCGAAGCUUUUCAAGAAGACAGGAAGAUAUGAAGGCGCAGUCAGGUUCAAGAAUGAAGCAGACGCAAGACAAGCAAUUGCGUGGCGUUGCUGGUUCAUGCCGCCAUACGACGACAGCAGAAAGAGCUUCACCGCGGCAGACAAGUUUGAUUUGGUCAAUCUUUACACUGCCACUUACCGAUUGUCUCAGAAAGUGCUUGGAGCUGUAUGGGAAGAUUUCCAGUCGAUGCAACGUUCCUUCUCAUCCGACAAGAACGGCGUCCAGUUUGACGUUCACUCUCCUUGCAGUCAUCAAGAAGAGGCAGAGUUUCUAGUUUUGAUUCUGAGCAGCAAAAGUCAGGAAUUGAUGGCUGAGACCAAGAAGAGAAUUGAUGCGAUUCUUGAAGGGCAUGCUCUAGGCAUGGGGGACGAUGACUCUAUAAUUCGGGAAAGAGUUCUUGGUCUUCAGCACCAGGACAUUAAGAACCUUGAAUGCCGCACUGGGUUGACAAAUGUCGAUCCGCACUGCGUACUCUUGCCGAUGGUCCGCAAUCACAACAACGAGAGUCUUGGGUAUUAG